CCGGUCUCUUCCCCUCUCGCAGUCAUCCAGCGUUCUUCUCCCGGGGACCUCCCCGUUGACCGCCUGAGCCUCUGUGAGGCAGGUGAGUGCGGACUUCCGGAGGAAAGGGCCGAAGAGGUUCCUUCCUCCUUCCCUGCUCAGCCUGAAGAGGACUAAGACCUGCCCCAAGCAGGGAGCCUGAACCCAGAGGGAAUGUCCCCUGCCACCCAAAGGCGCCCAUGGCAGGAGUUACUGACAUUCAAGGAUGUGGCUGUGGACUUCACCCAGGAGGAGUGGUGCCUCUUGGACCAUUCUCAGAAAGAGCUGUACAAGGAGGUCAUGCUGGAAAACUCCCAGAACCUGCUCUCCCUGGGAAUUCCAGUUCUCAGAGAAGAUUUGAACCCCCAUUUUGGGAAAAGAAAAAUAUCAUGGAUCCUAGAUCAAAAAGGACAAAGGACCUGUUCUCCAGAUGCACAGACCAGUUUUGAAGUAAAUGAGACUACUGUGAAGCUGAACAUUUCUACAGAAGAUUCUUACCAGCAAAGAUUCAUGAGUAACAAUCCCUAUGAUUUUGAUUUGAGAGAAAUCUUUGAUUCGAUAGAGAAAAAUCAAAAUAGUUACUGUGUAUUUGAUAAAAAUGGAAAGAAUCUCAGUCAAUAUUCAGUCCUAAUUCAGUGUCAGAAUAUGACCUCAGAGAAUGAGUGGUUUCAGCAUAGUGAAGAUAGGGAACACUUUACUAAAAAGGUCCAACUUCAGUCUUAUAAGAAGCCUUCUUAUAUGCAACUGUACCAAGGUUUUCAACGGGAAAUGGCUGUCAGCUUGAAUUCAGACCUCAUUAGACAUCAAAAAAGUUAUCCUGGAGAAAUGCUUUAUAUAGGGAAUGAAGGUAGGAAGGCCCUCAGAAAGGCCUCAAAGCUCAUUGGCCAUCAGAAAAUUGACACACGAGAGAAACCUUAUGAAUGUAAUCAAUGUGGAAAGGCUUUUACAAAUAGAUCCAGUCUUCCUGUACAUCAGAGAAUCCACACUGGAGAGAAACCUUAUGAAUGUAAUCAGUGUGGAAAGGCUUUCACACAUGGGUCCAGUCUUUCUCAACAUCAGAGAAUUCACACUGGAGAAAAACCUUUUGAUUGUAAUCAAUGCGGGAAAACUUUCAGACAGAAUUCCAAUCUUUUGACACAUCAGAGAAUCCAUACUGGGGAGAAACCUUUUAAAUGUAAUCAGUGUGGAAAGGCUUUCAUUCAGAGCUCUAGUCUUGAUCUUCAUCAGACAAUCCACACUGGAGAGAAACCUUAUCAAUGUAAUCACUGUGGAAAGGCUUUCAGAAAUAGAUCCAGUUUUGCUGUACAUCAGAGAAUACACAGUGGAGAGAAACCCUAUGAAUGUAACCAAUGUGGAAAGACUUUCACACAGAACUCCCACCUUUUGACACAUCAUAGAAUCCACACUGGAGAGAAACUUUAUAAAUGUAACCAGUGUGGAAAGACUUUCACACAGAAUUCCAAUCUUUUGACACAUGAGAGAAUCCACACUGGAGAGAAACCUUAUGAAUGUAACCAGUGUGGAAAGAUUUUCACGCAGAACUCUCAUCUUUUGACACAUCAGAGAAUCCACACUGGAGAGAAGCCUUUUGAAUGUAAUCAGUGUGGAAAGACUUUCAGAGAGAUUGCCAAACUUUUGGCACACCAGAGAAUUCACACUGCAGAGAAGCCUCAUAAAUGUAAUCAAUGUGGAAAGACUUUCAGAGAGAUGGCUAAACUUUUGACACAUCAGAGAAUCCACACUGUAGAGAAACCUUAUGCAUGUAACCAGUGUGGAAAGACUUUCCGAGCAAGAUUAUAUCUUGUUGAACAUCAGAGAAUUCAUGUUGGAGAGAAACCUUAUGAAUGUUAUCAUUGUGGAAAGACUUUCACCCAGAACUCCCAUCUUUUGACACAUCAGAGAAUCCAUACUGGAGAGAAGCCUUUUGAAUGCAGUCAGUGUGGAAAGACUUUCACCCAGAACUCCCAUCUUUUGACACAUCAGAGAAUCCACACUGGAGAGAAGCCUUUUGAAUGUAAUCAGUGUGGAAAGACUUUCCGAGCAAGAUUCAAUCUUGUUAAACAUCAGAGAAUCCACACUGGAGAGAAACCUUUUGAAUGCAGUCAGUGUGGAAAGACUUUCACCCAAAACUCCCAUCUUUUGACACAUCAGAGAAUUCAUACUGGAGAGAAACCUUAUGAAUGUAAUCAAUGUGGAAAGACUUUCAGAGCAAGAUUUAAUCUUGUUGAACACCAGAGAAUUCACACUGGAGAGAAACCUUAUGAAUGUAAUCAAUGUGGAAAGACUUUCCGAACAAGAUUUAAUCUUGUUGAACAUCAGAAAAUUCACAUUGGAGAGAAACCUUAUGAGUGUAAUCAGUGUGGAAAGACUUUUAGGGAAAUGACCAAACUUCUGACACAUCAAAAAAGCCACACUGGAGAAAAAUCUUAUGAAUGUUGUCAGUGUGGAAAGACUUUCAGACAAAUGGCCAAACUUUUGACCCAUCAAAGGAUCCACAGUGGAGAGAAACCUAUUGAAUGUAAUCAGUGUGGAAAGACUUUCAGACAGAUGACCACAUUUUUGACACAUCAGAUAAUACACAGUGGAGAAAAAUCUCUUGAAUGUAAUCAGUGUGGGAAGAUUUUCAGGCAGAUGGCCAAACUUUUGAGACAUCAGAGAAUCCACUCUGGAGAGAAACCUUUUAAAUGUAAUCAGUGUGAAAAGUCUUUCAGACAGAUGCCCAAACUUUUGACACAUCAGAGAAUCCACACUGGAGAAAAACCUUUUGAAUGUAAUCAGUGUGGAAAGACUUUCAGACAGAUGACCAAACUUUUGACACAUCAGAGAAUUCACACUGGAGAAAAACCUUUUGAAUGUAAUCAGUGUGGAAAGACUUUUACCCAGCAUUCCAAUCUUAUGACACAUGAGAGAAUCCACAGUGGAGAGAAGCCUUAUGAAUGUAAUCAAUGUGGAAAGGCUUUCACACAGAACUCCCAUCUUUUGACACAUCAGAGAAUUCAUACUGGAGAGAAACCUUAUGAAUGUAACCAAUGUAGAAAGACUUUCCGAGCAAGAUUUAAUCUUGUUGAACACCAGAGAAUUCACACUGGAGAGAAACCUUAUGAAUGUAAUCAAUGUGGAAAGAGUUUCACCCAGAACUCUCAUCUUUUGACACAUCAGAGAAUCCACAGUGGAGAGAAACCUUUUGAAUGUAAUCAAUGUGGAAAGACUUUCACCCAGAACUCCCAUCUUUUGACACAUCAGAGAAUCCACACUGGAGAGAAACCUUAUGAAUGUAAUCAAUGUGGAAAGACUUUCUGAAAAAGAUUCAGUCUUGGGGAACAUCAGAAGAUACCCCCUGGAGAGAAACCUUAUGAAUGUAAUCAUUAUGGAAAGACUUGGGCAGAGGGCCCAUCUUGCUAAACAUCCAAAAAUCCACAUUGGAGAGAAACUUUAUGAAUGAAUGUGGAAAGAUUUUCACACAUUGUUCCAGUCUUUCUCAACAUCAGAAAAGCCAUCCUGGAGAGAAACCUUAUGAAUGACAUCAGUGCAGAAAGACAUUCACAGAGAAGUUCAAUCUUUGAAGGUAAUCAUUUUGAAAAGGUUUUCACACAUAAGGCUAAGCUUUUGAUACAUCAGAAAAUCCACACUUAUGUGGAAUUAGAUGAUUAUUGAUUAAAGAUUAGAAUUUUAGUUAAUCACUGGAACCAAUUCUUUGAAUCUGAUUUGAGUUUAAUUGUAUGGUGCUCUGCAGAAGAAUUUGUAAGAGUUUAGAUUCCCUGAUUAUAAGGGCUACAAACUUGUUCUUUCUCAUAGAGAUUGUAAAUCUUGAAAUUUCUCAGACUUGUGAAUGUUAAAAAUUUCCACAUUGGGGAAUUCUCCAUUGGAACAAUUCCCUACUGGGAACAUUCCCCUUUUUGACAGUGAGAACUCUACUUGGAUCAGAAAUGGGAGGACCUCUGCUCCACCCGUACUUAGGAUUGCUUUGGGGGAGAAAACUCCUUGCUAAACAAUGAGGGUACUUGGGCCCAUACUUAUAGUGAGGCAAAAAGUUCUUUAAGCCAUGCCUAUUUUUAGAAGUAAUACAAAGGGGUGCUAAGUACCUAUUAAAGGUCAGGCAACUUGUAAACUUGCCAGGAGCAAAGAGGUGAAAACUUAUUCAGAAGUUUUUCUGGUUCAAACUUACUAAAGGGAUUAGUUGACCCAGCAGUGUUUUUAGAAUGGGUUGUCCUUUGGAAAACGUCUACUGUGAUUGGUAGAUGGAAGAACUUAGGGGAGGUGACAUAGGAGAAAACCCCCUAUAUAAGAAAAAGCAGAAUCUCUUGAAAAGGAAUUCCUUUUGAAAAUCUCUUGAGAAGAAAUCUCUUAUGAGGAUCACUUGAGAAAAAUCCUUUUGGAACAAUCCUUUUGGAGAGAAUCCUUUUGAGGAAGAUCUCUUAUGAGGAAUCCUUUUGGAGAAUCUCUUGAGGGAGGCUCUGGAGAAGGGAAGCUCUUGGAGGACAAUCUCUAAGGAGGUCUUGCUGGAGCUCCUCUGAGGGGACUCUGUCCCUCUGGAGGCUCUUGAGAGAGGUCCUUUGAAAUAGUCUCUGGCUGGAAGGCUAGGAGGACGAUGGCUGGAACUCUCUCUGAGGAGACUCCGUCACUAGAAUCCUUGCUUAGACAGACCUUGUGGUGAGUGAUAAAAGACUGACUGACUGAUCUCUCUCUCUUAAGACUCAGGUCUAGGCCAUGUUGGCUUAAGGCCCUUCAUACUUAUUUCCUUUUUCUCUCUUUCUCUCUUGUUCUUUAAUUCCUCAUUGUAUAUUUAAUUAAAUUCUCUAUAAAACCCAGUUGACUUGGGUAUAUUCAUAAUUGGGAAUAUUUCCCUGGCGACCACCUUAUAUUUGAUUUUAAACAAGACACUGUAGUGAAAACAUAUUUUCUGUGGUCACAAUUUACUCACCCACUCUUAUAUCUACUACAAUUUAUAUCUUCUACUAUUUUACUCACUACAGUUUACAACCUCAACCAUUUUAACUCUUUUAAUCACCACAGUUUAUGUCUCCAACUAUUUUAAAUAUUACAGUUUAUGGCAGACAACUAUUUUAAAUGUAACAAGAUCAAGGAGAUAGAUGGAAGAUGGUUUAAUCUGGUCAGGAAAUGUUUUGCCUAGUAUUAGGCUUCUCUUAUGUUGAGUGGUAUUUGACAUGGGAAUUUCCAGAAGAUAUUGUUGAACUUUAUGUUUUCCCCAUUCCUAUGGAUUCUAAUGAUUCCCUGUUACAAACCAGAAUGAUUAAGCAAAAUAUGUAGGCCAGCCUUCACCAUUUUUAUGGACCAAUCACAGUCUUGGUUUAGUUUGCAUCACUGGACUGUUUUUUGUACCCUAUAGAAUCUGCUAUAUAUUAAAUGCUGCUCUGAUUGUCAGAGGUGUCCCUUGCUACUGAAGAACUUGGAAUCUUGCUUUGUUGGCAAAUUGCUAGCCUUACUAAUAAUAAAUUUAUCAUGUUCAGAAAUUUAUGAUUGUAAUCAGCAUGGAAAAGCUUUCCAGGAAAAGCCAACAUUGUUAACCAUCUGAAAAUCCACACUGGAGAGAAACUUUAUUAAUAUUAUCAGUGUGGAAAGAAUUUCAGAGAGAGGACCCCUCAGGCAACAUCCAAAAAGCCACAUUAAGAGAUAUUUUAGGAAUAUAGUCAAUGUAGUAAAGCCUUCAAUAAUAGUUAUCCCUUCUUUCCCAUCAAAGAAUUUCUAUUAGGAAUUGUGUCACUGUAAUGAAUAGGGGCAGUUAGCUGGUGCAGUGGAUAAAGUGCUGGGCCUACAGUCAGGAAAACCUGAGUGCAAAUCUACCCUCUGGCACUAGCUGUUUGACUGUAGGCAAGUCAUUUAACUUCUUUUUGCCUCAGUUUCCUUAGCUAUAUAAUGAAAACCACAGAGAAGCAAAUGGCAAAGCACUCCUGUAACUUUGCCAAGAGAAACCCAUAAAAAUGGGAUCAUGAGGAGUCAAAUACAAUUAAAACAACUUAACAAUGACAUUGGAUGAGAAAAAGCUUUCUUAUGGAAUAUGGAGCUUAUUGAACAUCAGUAGACAUUCUGGAGAGAUGACCUAUAUGGAUUCAGUAGGGGAAGGCCUUCAAAGAGAGAUAAUAAUCUCUUUAGAGGAUUUGUACUAGAGAGAAGCUUUAAUAAUUUGCUCAAUGGGGAUAUGCUUUUCUUUGGAAGGAGACCAAAAGACAUCGGAAUAUUUAUACAGGAAAGAAGGCCUAUAAAAGCAAUUCCUUUUGUCAAUGUCAAAGCCUUUAUUUAGAAUUCAUACUUGAUUAUACAUUGGAUGAAUCAUGCUGGAGAUAAACUUAUGGAUCUAAAUAAUGAGAGAAGGUCAAACUGCUACAAUAUAGACUUUGUUAGACAACCCAAAUUUCAUUGUGUUCAUAAAGCCCUAUAAAUAUAUGGAAUUUUUCUUUGAAAUCCUAAUGUUUGUCAUUAAUCUUCAAUAAUAAUCCAUAACAUUCACUUUCUUCAGUCAUUCCCUAAUUACAUAAUACUCACUUUGUUUCCUGUUUUUUGGUGACAUUAAGUGUCAUGGCAUGUUCUGGUAUUUUGUUGGAUAUUUCUUUCUAUCAUGAUUUCUUUAUACAGCUAGGUGGCCUAGUUGAAUGGUGUGCUUUGGGACAUUUUCGCCAUGAUAAAAAAUACUCCAAUUCAUCUAGAAUGUAAGUGGAACAAUUAACUGGGGAAAAUCUUUGCAGAAAGUUUCCCUGAUAAAGACUUCCUUUCCAAAGUAUAUAAAGAACAUAUAAAGAGUAUAUGGAGGUAUACAAAGAAUGGUCACUAUGAAAUAAUGUAAAAAAGUAUUAAUAGGCAAUUUUUAAAGGAAGAAAUACAAAUAAAAACAGUCAUAAGAGAAAUGUGUUCCAUAUUUAUAAUCAUUGAUGAAAAUUCUUAAUUAUCAGAAAAAUUCUUAGAUUGAUAAAGGUGGUAAGAAAAAGAGAAGGAAUUAAUUUUUCUUCAUGGGUAUCUGGUACAAGAAAUUUGGUUUUGUGUUUUUUUUUUCCUUUUGACCUAAAGGAGGAUGGAUCCAAGGGGCAGAAAUGUUUAUUAAUCUAAAAAUAAAAUUUAAUAAGAAAAAAGUUCAAAACCAGUAAUAAAUAGGAAAGGGCAAUUAAAUCAACUCAUGUUCCACUUCACACUCAUGGAAUUGGCAAAUAUGUUAAAAAAUAACCAGUGUUGGAAGGACUAUGGGAAAAUAGGCACAUGAGUUAAUUUACUGUGAAGCUGAAAAAUCAUUAAAUUAUGUAUACUCUGAGUUAGUGAUACCACUAGAGAGUAUUUUCCCUGAAAUGGAAAAAAAAAUUAGCUGUGUAUCCUUGGGCAAGCCCUUACUGUUCUACCUUAGAUUAGUUUUGCCUUAGAACUGAUAUAUAGUAUCAAUUCUAAAAUAAAAGGUAAUGGUUUAAAAAAGAAAAGAAAAAAGGGGAAAGGACUCAAGUCUACAAAAAUAUAACAGUUCCCUUUGUCAUGACAAAGGAUUUGAAACUAAGGUGUGAUAUCCUACAAUAAGCAAGAGCUGAAAAAAUUUUGAUAUAGGAAUAGAGUAAAUCACAAAUAGGCCAAGAAAGUAUAACCUGGGAAAAGUUGUAUUAAUUAAUGAUAAGAAUAACAACACUGUAAAGACCAAUAAGUUUCAAAGAUACCGCAACUGAUUAUUUUAAUGGCCAGCCAGUAUUGCAGAGGAUUUAGUAAGACCUGCCCUACCUGCCUCCUAAUGAGAGGUGAUAUAUUCAAAAUAUAGUUAAAGUAUAUUUUAGGUCAUGGAUGAUAGAAGAAUUUAUUUUGGUUGACUGCUUUCCUGAUUUUUUUUUUCAAUUUUUGGGUAGAAGAGGAUUGUAGUGAGGGAGAUUAGGCAUAGAAUUGCCCUUCUGCCACUUCAAAAUAAAGAUAAGGAAAUCAUUGGAUUUUUAAAAUAUGUGCAAUAGAGUAAAUGGGAUCCCAGAAGGAAUUAGGAUAGCUUUGAAAGUACUAUGUUGCAUUUUUUAGUUAAAUAAAAAAAAUCCAGCCCUACAUAUCAGAACUUAUUUGAUGUGUUUUCUUUUCUGUUUUAUGGUGUAUAUGUAUAUAAAGUGCUUCUUUCAUGUUUGUGAAUUUCAGAAUUAAAAAUAAUCAAAUACUAAA